AUGUCUUCGCCAGCGUCCGUGGCUGCAUUCUACAUCCGCAAGACGUAUAUAAUGCUCAUGAGAAUAUUAUGGAAGACAUUACAAGCUUUCGGUUUACACGCACGAAAACCCUACAAGUCUGGUUAUGGCGAUUUUGCCUUCGCAAAGACCCUCCAACGCGGUUUGGUGUAUACCAAGAACGCCAGCAAUAACUAUCUAGAACUAGACAUUACUGACGAUUCCGAUUUCCAAAGAUGCGGAAUUUUCCCCUUCUAUCGACUCCCGGCCGAGAUCCGCAUCAAGAUCCUACAGGAAAUCCGAAGACCGCUUCUCAGCAUCUACAGAGACAAGAUCACGCAAGAUCUCAUGGAGAGGGAAUGCAUACAGAUAAUCAUUAGAAACAGCACAUUCUACUCGUACACGGAAGAGGAUCAAGUAGUUCAAGAUCUCAUUAACAGUCGCAUAGAUCGAGGCAUAAUGGUAGAACCUCCUACUUGGAAUGGUUAUCCACAGGAAGACCACCAUAUGUAUCACCGUUUCCAAGGUUUCGAGGAACAAUACAAAUACACACAAAUUCGAGGAACGGACAAACCCGCCAGCACACCCCAUCCCUUCCGCGGAAGACCGGCCAUCCAUGGCAUCAUCAAGAAAAUAUAUCUUCGUUUUCAUCGCAGAUUUGGUUCGGUUGGUGAUAUGGAUGAGGUGGGAAAAUGCCUCGAAUACCUGGCCCACAAUCUAACGAUUGAGGAACUCAUAUUAACAAUCGAGGGCAACGAACAAAAUCUCGAAGACCUCGCCAAAGGGGAGGGAGAACUAGCUCAGCUUAAAUCCAUCAAGGAUAUUCCAGUGACCAAAAACUUCGAGGUGGUAUUGCGCAACAUAUACGUCGAAAGGAUUGAUUUUGCUGCUGAUGACGAUGCGAGAGAGAAAGAUAACGCCGAGCUGAAAACUCGAGUCUUGCCUCAGAUCACGGAGUUUCUUCAACCCACCACUGCGUGUUUCGGAAUCUAG